AUGCCGAACUUGUCGCCAGCGUCUGGAGCAGUGCUUGUCACCGGCGCGAGCGGGCUGGUCGGCGGCCAUGUGUGCAGCCUGCUGUGCAAGAGUGGUUACUCGGUGCGCGCGGCAGUCCGUGACACCUCGGCCGACAAGGUCAAAUUUCUAGAGAAGAUGGGCUGCUCGCUCGUGCGUGUGCCAGACCUCCUGAGCGACGAGGGCUGGUUGGCCGCAAUGGACGGGUGCGUCGGACUCAUGCACGUCGCAUCGCCCGUGCAGCUUCCGGGCGAUGGAGCAUUGUCCGACGACCAGAUUAUUGAGCAGGCUGUGUCCGGCACCGAGCGUGCUCUUCGCUUUGCAGCCGCGUCGGGCUCUGUGCAACGUGUCGUCGUAACGGCGACGAUGGCUUCGGCCGACAAGAAUGACAACCCGGAAACCGGCUACAGCAAGUCGAAGACGGCGGCGGAGGCCAAGGUUUGGGAGCUGGCCGAGGCGCACAAGGAAAAGUUCAGCGUCACGACUGUCCACCCCGCCGUCGUCCUCGGCCCGGUGCUCGAGGGCCAGAGCGUGUCGUCGACGAUGGGCUACCUGAAGAUGAUGCUCAGCGGCAAG